CAAGCAAGCCCGAUGCCAACGAGUUUCCUUGGCAGCGCCCUCCGGGGCACCUUCUUCCUCAUUUUUGGUCUCUGGUGGUCUGUGCGAUACCCCUUGAAGUAUCUCAGGCAGAGAGGCAGUGCCGAGAGCCAGCCAAGCUAUGGGGUCCGGCGUGUGGAAGUCUUUGAAGGGGCGGUCAAAGCUUUCUUUGCUCUAGCAGGGAUACUGGCCGAGCAGUUUGUUCCCGCUGGCCCCCACCUGCAGCUGUACAGCUCCACGACGCACAGCUGGACAGACCUCACCCACUGGCACUACACCACCAUCUACCUCUUCUUCCUCCUCUCCGGCAUCGUGGACGUUGUCUCGCACUCCCCGCUCAAGUUGCCGCUGGGCUUGGAUCGGCUCUCGCUGGCCGUGGCUCUGUUCAUCGAAGGUUUGCUCUUCUGUUUCCGUGACUACAGCGAUGCUGCGCUGGACCAGCACGUCCAUUCCCUGCUGGCCAUGGCUAUCUUUGCUGGAGCCCUCUGUGCCCUCCUAGAGGUGUUCCUCCGAGACCACAUCAUCCUGCAGACCUUCAGGACCAGCUCCUUCCUUCUCCAGGGCUCUUGGCUUUGGCAGAUUGGGUUUGUGCUGUCCCCUCCGUGGGGAGGACCAGGCUGGGACCAGACCGACCGCAGCAACCUGACGUUCCUCACCAUGUGCUUCUGCUGGCACUACGCCGGCGCCCUCGCUGUCCUGGCAGCAAACUCUGCUGCGUCUCGCUGCUGUAACGAGUCCUGCCAGCUGAAAUUCGGGGACAUCGACGUGGAGCUGGACUGCGGCAUGUGCAUCCGCAAAGGCAACAAGAGCUCCGGCGGCGCCCUGCUGCCCGAGAGCGGCUCGGAUGACAAGUGAGGCAGAGACGGGCAUGGAAACAUCUUCCCCGCUGGCUUAGAGCUCUUGAGAUGACAUUUUUAAUUAGUCUUGAUAAACUACAGUGGCACUUGAUGGCAGAGCAUCAGAAGCGGGA